CGCUGCCAUCAGGCACCGCACCGAACCCCUAAGCGCCGCUGCCCGGCGGGGUCCUUGCGUGCGCCGCCCGUGCGGGGAUGUCCGGGAGACCCCGCGCCGGGCGCUGCUCAGACACCACGUUGACAUGGAUGAUGAAGACGGCCGGUGCCUGCUAGAUGUAAUCUGCGAUCCUCAGGCCUUGAAUGACUUCCUCCAUGGAUCUGAAAAGAUUGACAGCGAUGAUCUCCUGGACAACACCGGAGAUGCAGCCAGCUCCUUCUUUGAAGGUGCUGGGCUCCACGUCCAGGAGGCCUCUGGCAACCACCUCAACACGGAGCAGCCCCAACCAGCAGCCAGCGUGGACCUGGACUUCCUAGAGGAUGACAUUUUGGGGUCCCCAUCCAGCACCGGAGCCAACCUGGCCAACUCGGAGCAGCCUUGUGACAUCCUCCAGCAGAGCCUCCAGGAGGCCAACAUCACGGAGCAGACCUUGGAAGCUGAAGCAGAGCUGGACCUGGGCUCCUUCCAGCUCCCCACACUGCAACCAGUGGUGCAGGCCACGUCUGAUGGCACCCCACAGAUCUUCUCCAGUGGGGCUGACCUCAUUGGGCUGCAGCCCCCCACUGUGCUCGCCCACCAAGCACUGGUGCAGCAGUCGGUAGGGGCAGAUGUGGUCAACAAAGCCAUCAGUGUCCAACCCUUCCUACAGCAGGUGGGAUUGGGGAAUGUCACCAUCCAACCCAUCUCCAACCUUCAAGGCUUGCCCAAUGGUAGCCCCAGUGGCACCUUGGGCAUCGGCCCCAUACAAGUGGUGGGGCAACAAGUGAUGGCCAUCAACCAGCCGGCACAGCAGAUCAUUGCCAAGCAGGUCCAACCAUCCCAAGUGGCCACCAUGCCUGUUGGGAGCUACAUCACCCAACCAGCCCCCGAGCAGCAGCAGGUCACCCUGGCCUCAACUGGGGUCUCCCCACAAGGCACUGGUCUGGUCAUCCAGAAGAACCUCCCCACAGUGGCCACCACGACGUUGAAUGGGAAUUCCAUGUUCGGAAGCGUCGCUGGUCCUCAAGGAUCCCAACCUCUCACUGUCACCUCCAACCUGAGCAGCCCUUUGGUGCAAGCCCAGAACGUCAUCAUCCACCGGACGCCGACCCCGAUCCAACCCAAACCUGCUGGGGUCCUACAGCAGAAGCUCUACCAGAUCACCCCCAAACCCUUCGCUUCCAACAACACCACCUUGACCAUCCAGAACGAAGCUGCCCUCCAGCAGCAGAAGGCCCAGCAGAACCUCACCUUUAUGGCCAGCAAACCAGGCCAGAACGUGGUCCUCUCUGGCUUCCCCCAAGGCCUCCCAGCCAAUGUCUUCAAGCAGCCCCAACCCCAACAGCAAGCCCUCAACAAGGCCAUGAGCGUCCACUUGUUGAACCAGGGCAGCAGCAUCGUUAUCCCAGCACAACACGUCCCCCAGGCCAUGCUCCAGGGCCAAAACCAGUUCCUCCUUCCCAGUCAGCUCACUGGUGCCUCCACCGUGCAGCUCCCGCAGCAGCUCUCGGCUCUUCAAGCCAAUAUGGGCGGCCAAAUCCUGACCACAUCCCAUGCUGGUGGCCAAGCGCACAUCAUCACUAGCCAAGGACCCGGUGGGCAGCUCCUGACCAACCCGGCGUUGCCAGCACAGCUCCUCACCAACCAGAACAUCACCAGUCCCUUGAACCUGGGCCAGGUGCUGACAUCGCAGAGCGCCCAUGGCACAGCUCACAUCCUGUCGGCUCCCAUCCAGCUCCAAGCUGGCCAGGUUGGCCAACCAGCCCUUUUCCAGAUGCCCGUGUCCUUGGCCAGCACCUUGAGCAGCCAAAGCCAACCGGUGAUCCAAGGGGUGACACUACCCAACCAAGUGGCCAUGCUCAAUGCCACCGAGGGCAUGGGGCAAGCGGUGAGCAUCCAACCUCCUGCUGCCAGCACCAGCCAAAGCCCAGGCCUAGGGCAGGGCCAGGCUAACACUGGCACCGGUCUCAUGGCCGGCACGGAGCCGGCACCAAUCCUGACCGUGCAGACUUCCCAAGCUGCUCCUCUCCAGCUCAAUGUCCCAGCGGCAGCACCGAGCCAAGCACCUGGUGCUUCCCAAGCCAGCCCCACACUGGCUUCCAGCCCGGAGAAGAUCAUCCUCAACCAGGAUUCCAUGCAGAUGUUCCUGCAGCAGGGCAUCAUCCUGCAGCCGAAGCAGCCCCCGGCCAGCCAGGCCCCCACCGCACUCGCCCCAUUUGGCACCUCGGCCCCCUCGGUGCUGGUGAGUGGCCCAGGGCAACCGGUGACGGUGACAACCACGACCACCACGGCCACUGCAGGAAUCACGGCCCCGGCUCCUGCUGAGAGCAAAACCUUUGCCAGUGUUUCCACCCCAAUUCCUGCUGGGAAAGGGGCUGUGGCCCAGGGAAAGCCGGGAACGCCGCUCGCCAUCCAGCAGCCGGUGCAGCCAAAGCCUGGAGUCAUCAGCUCCGUGUCCGGCCUGAGCCUCGGGAAGGGACCUCUGCAGAUCCAGGUGGUUGGAAAGGGAAUUCCACAGCUCGUGCCCUCGGUGCCUGCGUCCGGCCAGCAGCUGUUCGACACCAAACUGGCCCUGAAGAAAACCCCCUCGCUCCAGCCCAGCAAAGAAGCCUGUUUCCUGGAGCAGCUCCACAAGCACCAGGGCUCUGUGCUGCAUCCCGACUACAAGACAGCAUUCCGCUCCUUCGAUGAUGCCCUACAGAGGCUCCUGCCCUACCACGUGUACCAGGGAAUGCUGCCCUCGGCCCAUGACUACCGCAAGGUGGACGAGGAGUUCGAGGUGGUCUCCACGCAGCUGCUCCGUCGCACCCAGGCCAUGCUCAACAAGUACCGGCUGCUGCUGCUGGAGGAGUCCCGGAGGGUCAGCCCCUCAGCCGAGAUGGUGAUGAUCGACCGCAUGUUCAUCCAGGAGGAGAAGACCACGUUGGCCCUGGACAAGCAGCUGGCCAAGGAGAAGCCAGAUGAAUACGUCUCCUCCUCCUCCCGCGCUCCCGGCAUUCCCACAUCCUCCUCCUCCUCUUCCUCCUCUUCCUCCUCGGUCUCCAGCACCACUCCAACCCCGGAGAGCCUGAAGGCCCCCCCAGCACCCCCCCCACUGGUGCACCCCACCAAACUGGUCAUCAAACACAGCGGGGGGUCCCCAUCCGUCACCUGGGCCAAAGCCAGCCCGAUCCCAUUGGAUGGGGACGAGGAUGCGCUUCCAUCCCGGAGCAAACCCCCCAUUAAGACCUAUGAGGCCCGGAGCAGGAUUGGGCUCAAGCUGAAGAUCAAGCAGGAAGCCGGCUUAAGCAAAGUGGUCCAUAACACGGCGCUGGAUCCCGUGCACCAGCCCCAGAGCGCGUGCCGGGUGAUCCGGAGCGCCGGAGCCACCAUGAACGGCUCCGUGGAUCAUGGAAUGUCGGGAAUGAGCGACCGGAAGCCCAUGGUCACCUAUUGCCGUUUGCCCCUAAGGAAAACCUAUCGGGAGAACGUGGAUGCUUUCCCAGGGGAUAAAGGCCCCGAUCCCGGCACCAAAGGUACCAAAGCGGAGGUGAUCCCGACGGGAAGCAGCGGGAAGCAGGAAGAGGGAUCCCGGAGCGUCAUCACAUCCCAUAGGAGCCGGGACAAGCCCACGGAGAAGAGCUCCAAGCUGAUCCCUCCCAAGCCCCAAGACUCCAGCAGUGGCCUUAUGAAGGAGCUGGCGGAGGUGGAAGAGGAAUUCUACCAUGGAAUGAUCAAAGCGGAGCCUCCGGAUGAGGGCUCCGGGCCGGAACUCCGUUGGGAAGCGGCAUUCCCGGCGGCCAAGCGCCGCAAGUCGGAAUCCUUGGAAGUGGAUAACGCCAGUUUCUCCAGCGACAGCCCCCAGGACGAUGCCCUCCAUGAGCAUCUCCAAAGCGCCAUCGACAGCAUCCUGAACCUCCAGCAGCAUCCCGGCGCUUCCCAAAGCAUCCGGACGCCUUCCUCAUCCUACAAUUCCUCCUCUUCCCCCUUUUCCUCCCCCGUCCAUCGCACGGACACCUUGGUGCCGGCUCCCAACCACAACGGAGGCCUUGGAGCCAGGACGUUGACCAGAUAACAGAGGGAAUUCCCGCUUGGAAUUCCAUGGGAAA